AUGCGGACAAGGGCGAAAGCUGCCGAUGCGACGGCAGUCGAUCUGCCAUACCUCUCCACCACCUAUGAUGUCCCCGAGACAGACCUACAGUCGAUACUCGACGCGCCCACUACUGAUCUCAUUCACCAGUUUCUUGCCUCACUAAUAGCCAAGGGCCACGACUUUGACGCGCUACGGGCGGACAAACUGAAAGUCGACGUGGAGCUAGAGAAUACGGUACGAACUUCGGAGAGCAAGAUCCGCGCACAGAAAGGGCAGGUCACGAAGCAUGCAAAGGAGGUCGAGGAGUUGCGGGAGAAGUUGAGUGAGGCAGAGGGCGCACGUGAGAGCUUGGCAUCGGAGCUUGAAGUUCUGCAGUCUUCGACUAGCGGUUCGAAUGCCGAAACUUCUUCGCUGAAGCAGAGGAUUGAGACGUUGGAGGCUGCGAAUCGCGAGGCUUUGGCGCUUGUGGAGGGCAAAUCGGGUGAGAAGGAUGGCUUGGCGACGGAGCUGUCGGAGCAGCAUGGGAAGCUGUUGAACCUCCGCCGCGAGGUUGGACAACUCGAGGAGCGAAAUCAGAGCUUGGAGAAUGCUGCAUCUACGCAGAAGUUCAGGGAGCAGUCACUACAACAAGAGAUUGAUUUGCUUAAGCGAAACAACGAGUGGCAUGGCAAUGAGCUUGAGACUCGCAACAAAGAGCACGCCAAGUUCCGAAAAGAGCGCAAUGUACGGAUAGCAAGCCUGCAGCAUGAGCUUGAGGAUAGCAAUGCGACCGUCGAUACCCUGAGACGCUCAGAGACUACCCUCCGACAACGUCUGGAAGAGCUGCAGGCCAAGGCUGACGAGGCAUAUGCUCGCAUUGCUGGUCUGCAAGAGGAGACAGCACGAAAAGAGCAGGACUUCCGGACCGAGGUCGAUGCGACCAAGCGUUUGGCAGAGCUGCAGGCACAGAACGCGGCUACACACAAAGCACGACUUCAAGAUGUGCAGGGUCAGGUCGAUCAGAUCAAGGAGGAUGCUGCUGAUGAGAUUGGCCGCCUACAAGCUGAGAUCGAGACCGAGCGUGGUGACAAGGAGCAAGCCGAGCGUAAGAUCGCGGAACUGGAACUGUCAGUCGAGCGUCUGGAGCAGAUGCCGCGGGCUUCGCGGCCGGGGACGCCACGUAGGAGCGGUGGCUUCGACCCACAAACACCCUCACGACUCGGCUCACGCGCUGGCUCGCCAUCAGCUAUGCCCGGCAGCCUUCGCAAGACCGUCAAUGGUCUGAGCUUCACUCAAGUGUACAGCCAGAUGACCGAAGCCCAAGAGGAGCUCGCGCACGAGCAGCGUCGGACCAAGAAGCUGUCAGAUACGCUGGAGGACAUGGUCCGUGAGCUGGAGCAACGUGGCCCUGAGCUGGCCGAGGUUCGGCAGGAUCAGGAGAGGUUGGAGCAGGAAGUGCUCAACUUCUCAACUAUGCUUGAUGAGGCCGUCCAGACGCGGGAGAAUGCUGUCAAGGAGGCUGAGCGAUGGCAGAAUGAGGCGGCUGCGGCGGCUCGGGAAGGAGAUGUUUUGCGUCAGCAAUUGCGUGAUCUCUCAACACAAAUUAAAAUCCUGAUGGUGGAGAUGGAGAGCCGCGAUCAAGGUCUGGGCGAAAUGUCUGCGCAGGAGCGAGUUGAGCUGGAACGAGCUGCCCGUGGUGAGCUGGCUGAUGGCGACCUCGACCGCAUGACGGAUACUGGACGCUUCAUCGCCGAACGCCUGGUCGUCUUCCGCAAUGUCUCGGAUCUGCAGGAGAAGAAUCAGCAGAUGCUUCGACUUGUAGAGACACUCGGAGAUCAGCUCGAAGGCGAAGAGGCUCAGGAGAAAGAGCGCCAGACUGCUGCGUACGCCUCGGAGAAUCAGGAGCUCAAGCAGAAGGUGCAACGACUGCAAGACGAGCUGCAGGCGACUGUCACUCAAAUUGACAGCUAUAUGAAGGAGCGCGACAUGUUCCGUCGUAUGCUACAGCAUCGUGGCCAGCUACCGGCAGGUGAUUCAGAGGUGCAGUCGAUGUUCGGCCAGAGCGUCCCACCAGCUACGCCUUCACGCAAGAAUGGUGCCAUGGAGCCUCCUACUCCACGAUCAAAGGAUGUCGCGGACCUCAAUAAGCUUCUCCGCGAGCAACAGACAUUCUUCGACCAGUACCGGAACGAGUCUGCCACUGACCGACGUAUGCUCAAGGAGCAGGUCGAUGGUCUUGCGCGAGAGAAGAGCGCGUUCCAAGCUGAUGUGGCACGUAUGCAGUCGCAGCUCGAACUGGCUAGUGGACGCUACGAGAUGCUGCAGGGUAACAUGAAUGGCAUACGAGGCGAGAACCAAGAGCUGCAGAAGCGCAGCCAGCAACUUGCUGAGCAAGCCGCCAAGCAGGAUCUUCGCACGCAGCAAGUUGCUGAAGAUCUGGUUGAGGCGAAGUCACUUUCGGACUCCCUUCGUAACGAGAAUGCCAACGCCAGGGCUGAGAAGGACCUCUGGAGAAGAAUUGAGACGCGCCUCACCCAGGACAACCAGAGCCUUAUGGACGAGCGAAGCCGACUCAACAAGCACGUCGCGGAUCUUCAGAAUCUGCAAAACGAGCGCGAGCUGGCUGACUCGGAGUCGCGGCGUCGUCUUCAGACUCGAACCGAGACACUCGAGGCCGAGCUCGUGGACGUCAAGAAGAAGCUUGAGCGCGAAGUCGACGAUAGUCGAAAGGCUAGCUUACGCCGCGAGUACGAGGAGGGUCAAAAUCGCACGCGCAUCGACGAUCUGGUCAAGAGUCUCGGUAGUAUUCGCGAGGAGCUUGUGGCUGCCAAGACGACUCGAGAUCAGCUGGCUGCGAGGGUUGAUGAGAUGAAGAUUGAGCUUCGCAGUGCGGAGGAGAAAGUGGUUGCCCUGCAGCCUCGUCCUACACCCCGAUCUACCUCUGCAACACAGAACGGCGAUGGCGAGGCGCACAGUGAGGAGUUAUCUGCUGAGCAGCAUCUUGCGAUCGAAGUCUCGGACUUGAGGCGUGAUCUUGAGUUCGCGAAGAAUGAGCUCGAGGGUGCUAGGGAGCAGGCCGAGCAAUACAAGUCGAUUUCACAGGCGACUGAAGAGGAGUUGGCUUCUAUCAAUAUGACUAGCGUUCAGUACCAAGAGGACAUGGACCAGCAGCUCGCGGAGAAAGAUGCCAAGAUUCAUCAGCUGGAGCAGCGUGUCGAGGACAUCACCGCCGAGCUUACGACGACUAAUAAUGAAAUGUCUGAGCUGCGCACCAAGGCUGAAGAAGUUACUCGUGCUCUGGACGAGCAGAAGGAAGCUUCUGAGUCUGAGCUUGCGCGCCUUCGCGACGAUGCUGACCGGCAUGGUGAGGAGAAGAAGCUCAUGCGAGAGGAUCUCAAGGCGCAGUCGGAAAUUGCGCAGCAAGCGCAGCAGUCUUACGAAGAUGAGCUGCUCAAGCAUGCAGAGGCUGCUAAGCAACUUCAGCAAGUCCGCAGGGACCACAAUGAGCUUCGCACUGAAGUCGCUGGGAUCCGAGCGGAGGCUGAGGCUGCGAAGGCUGGGCUGGAGUCGGGUCGUGAGAGCUGGGAGGAGCAGAAGGGGAGGUUUGAGAGGGAGUUGGAGGAUGUGAAGAAGAGGCGGGAGGAUGUAGAUGCGCAGAAUAAGUUGUUGCAUCAGCAGAUGGAAUCCUUCUCCUCGGAGCUCGCAGCGCUCCGACAAGGUCGCGCCCUACCAGCUGGCCCUAACGAUGGCGAGGAGACCGCUGCGGGCAGUCCAGGUCGUACUGGCGGUGACGCUAAGCUGCAGGAGGUCAUCCGCUAUCUCCGCCGUGAGAAGGAGAUCGUGGAUGUCCAGUAUGAGCUCAGUAUGCAAGAGGCCAAGCGACUCCAGCAGCAACUCGACUACGCGAAGGGUCAGCUGGAAUCGACACGCCAGAGCCUUGCAGAGGAAAGACGUAAGGGUGGCGAGAAGGAGGCGACCGAGUCUAGUACCAAUCGUCUUCAGCAGACAAUUAAUGAGCUGAAUCUUUACCGUGAAAGUGCGACUACACUCCGUAAUGAGGCCCGUGUUGCCCGCGAGAAGCUGGAGGAGAGGGUACAAGAGGUUGAGAGGUUGGGAGCGCAAAUCGAGCCUUUGCAGGUCCGAGUCGGGGAGCUGGAAGGUGAGAUGGAGGGCAAAGACGGCGAGCUCAAGCUCCUGCAAUCCGAUCGCGAUCAUUGGCGCGAGAGGACGCAGAACAUCAUCUCCAAGUACGACCGCGUUGAUCCGGCUGAGUUGGAGAGUAUCAAGAGCCAGCUCGAGGCUGCGAAGGCGGAGAAAGAGCGCUUGGAGGGUAUCGUGAGUACGAUGCGUGAGCAUGCGGAUGGCGAGGCCGGGAGGAUCGAGGAGAUUACGAAGGCCAAGGAUGCCGGGUUGUCGCGGUUUAAGGAGCAGGCGAAGGAGCAGAAUCGGAAGCAGAAUGAUUCGAAGCGGGAGGUUGUUGCUGAGAGGGAGAGGGUCGUUGCGGAGCUUAAUGAGACGAAAGCUGAGCUUGAGAAUUUGAAGGUCCAGCUUGUUGAGGCUGAAAGCAAGACAGGUGGGGCUGAGGAGGGGGAGGUGGAGGAGGAGGCGGAGUUGCAGAGGAAGUUUGAGGAGGCGGAGGGGAGGACGAGUGAGCAUGUCGCGAGGGCUGGGGAGCUGCAGGGGCAGGUGGAGGGUCUGCAGAGGAGAGUUGCGGAGCUGGAGGGUACGGUGGAGGAAUUGCAGGGUCAGCUUGAGAGUGCGCAGCAACAGCAGGCUACCGGUCAGGUUCCGCCGGAGUCGGUAGAGAGUGGCGAGCUGCUGGAGAAGCUGCGGCAGGAUCUGGCGACUGCUCAACAAGAGGCCGAAGCUUUGCGCACAGCUGCCGCGCAAGCUCCGCCAGCUACCCAACAGGACUCUACUAUGACCGAUACCACCACUACCGCUGUUGAUGGCGAGGAGAAGUCCACGGCACAGCAAAUCCAGGAAGCCUGCCAUACUCUUCGCGCAGAGAUGCAGUCUCAGCACGAACUCGCCCUGAAGCAGAAAGAUGACUAUGUACAAGGCCGACUUGAGUCGAUGAGGACUCAGCUGAAUACUAAGUUGAGAGAAGGCCGGGAUAAGGCGAAGCAGGAUGUGCUGGACGAGCAUACGGCCGAGGUACAGAAGUUGAGGGAGGAGCAUGAAAAGGCUGUUGAGGAGUUGAAGGGUGCUCAUGCGGCGGAGCUGGAAAGACUCAAGCAAGAUGGCGAGGCGGCUGUGCAGAGGGCUAGCGCGAAUGCCACGAAUGCUCCUCCUGCUGCUGUCGUCAACGAGAAAGCCGCCGAUGCUGCACCUCAGGCUGUCAAGGUGGACGACGACGCCGAUCUGUCCAGCCUCGAAAUCUCCGAAUCACAAGUCGCCAAGUUGUUCCAGACGAAUUCUCGGGCGAAGACUAUCCUGCUUAAUAAUAUUUCGAAGGGUGUGAAGCGCGAUACGGCCAAACUUGAGGAGACGAUCGCGGAGAAGGAUGCUGAGAUUGGGAAACUGCAGACUGAGCUUGCUGCUGCUGAGGCUGCGAAGGCGGAGGCCGAAAUCAAGAACGCCGAGGCUCCUCCUGCUACUCAUGUCGAUACGAGUAAGAACGAUGAAGUCAUCACGGAGCUGAAGAGCAAGCUCGAGGCGGCCCAGAAGGAUAAAGAGGUCGCUGUCGCUAUUGUCACGAGGAAUCUGGAGCUCAAGGCUAAGGUGCAGGUCUCGCAGCUUGAUGCCCUGCGUGCGAAGUGGAAGGUUGUGCAGGAGGCUGCUAAGAACACGCCGGAGAAGGUUGUCAAGGAGGUCUUUGAGGUGGCUGAUAAGACGAAACCCGCUCCGAAGGUUGCACCUGCGCCUGCGCCUGCGCCUGCUGCAAGUGCGGGUGCGGGUGGAGCACAGUCGCCUGCUAUUGCUAAGCCGGCUACUGUUGUCCCACCUUCGCCUGCUCAAGCACCCACUGCCCAGAAUGCGACAGAUGUGAAGCCCCUGGUAGAUGAGAAGGCUGCAGAGGAGGCCAAGAAGCAGGCCAGACUUGACCGGUUUGGUUCAGCAGCCGGUACACCCGCAGCAUCGUCCACGACAUCGACCUCCGGUCAGCCAAGUACCGGUCCUAUUAUAGCGGGUACCUUUGGCCAGCCGAGCUUCGCAUCUGGAUCUUUCGGUCAACCGAGCACUCCAGCAGGUCUGAGCUUUGGUCAGCCUAGCGCACCUACGGGUCCUGCAUUGGCACAGCCUGCUCGUCGUCCCUCCGGUCCCAAUUCUAGCCCUUUCGCAGCUGCAGCCGCGGGCUCGCCAAACCCACAGGCUGCAUCGUUCACUCCGAGUGAUGUUCCGACACAGCCGAGGAAGGACCUUGGUACGGGUCCUGCUGCUCUAAGGGGCUUGCAUUCGGGCAUUCCUCGUGGAGGAGCUGGAAGUGGACUUCCACGCGCAGGCGGUGCUGCGGGCGCGAGAGGUGGUGCUGCUGCAGGUGGCAAUAGUAUCGCCAUCCAGGGUGCCGCCGCUCGUGGUGGUGCCCAAACAGGUCUACCACGCGGAGGCGCCAAUGCCGGUCGCGGCGGUGGUCGUGGUGGACAAGCAGAUGGUAGUGGCAUCGCUCGCAGAGGUGGUGCUAACGGUGCCGGCCAAAAGCGUCCACAUGAUGGUGAUGGAAGUGCAGGCGACGGCAAGAGGAAUAGAGGCGGUGCUGGCGGAUAG